AUGCGCAUGAACCAGAGAGACAAAGACAAUGCCCACAGAGCAGGAGCAGCCAGCCCCUCGAGGUUCGCCGUGUUCCUGUUCGGCGCCCACGUGGCCAAGGGUCGGUGCACGUGCUGCAGCGCAUCGGCGACGGCACCCACACGGCCCAGCUGUUCCACGUCGUGGGCAAGGGGCUCAGCUGGAUCCCGACGGGCGUUGACGUGGUGGAGGACGACCUGGCCGACCGCGGGCCCCGCUCGUGCUGCGUGGGUGCGGGCGACGCGCGGCGCCGGGCCCGAGGCCGACAUCGCCCUCGACCACGUGUCCGUCCUGCGCGGGGCCUGCCACCGCGACCCCGUCCUCGACACCAACGUCACCCUCCACGCGGCGCUGGCCCACCCGCACGCCCUCGCCUUCUCCGCCGGCCCCGCCCUCACGCCCGCGCCCAAGAGGCACCUCCCGCAGGCGCAGGAGAGCGACCAGCCCGCGCGCGAGGACCAGGGCGCGUGCGAGGGCCUGGCCACCUGCACGGAGUGUGUGAGCGACGCCGCCACGACCUGCAGCUGGUGCGACAUGACCCAGACCUGCCUGAGCUCCACGACCCGCGAGGCCAAGGCGUGCCUCGACCACCUCACCGUCCACCAUAACACGAGCUCGCAGACACGCCGAGGGAAAGUUGGUGUCCUCAGCUGAUCCCUCGCCAGGAGACAGAGUCCUUGUCGCA